UAGGGCUGGGCAGUGACUCUGUAUGCGCACGUCCCUCAUCUCAUCGGAUAAAAUCUUUCGAUUCUCUGGGAUCCCAGUCUUUACACAGUAGAACUUCAAAACUCUUUCAGGGGCAGUAUCGGAGUUUGGACAUGACAGAUAACAGCAACCAUCAGUUGGUGGUGAGAGCAAAAUUUAAUUUUCAACAGACAAAUGAAGAUGAACUUUCUUUUUCAAAAGGAGAUAUUAUUCAUGUCACAAGAGUGGAAGAAGGAGGCUGGUGGGAAGGAACUCUAAAUGGCAAAACAGGGUGGUUUCCAAGUAACUACGUACGAGAAAUAAAAUCAAAUGAAAAACCGGUCUCCCCCAAAUCAGGUACAUUGAAGAGCCCACCUAAAGGCUUUGAUACGUCUGCAAUUAACAAAAGCUAUUACAACGUGGUGCUACAAAAUAUAUUAGAAACAGAAAAUGAAUAUGCUAAGGAGCUACAAACAAUGCUUUCAAACUACCUGCGACCGUUACAAGCCAGUGAAAAGUUAAACUCGACCAAUACUUCAUACUUAAUGGGAAACCUGGAAGAAAUAAGUUCUUUCCAGCAAAUGCUUGUACAGUCUUUAGAAGAAUGCACAAAGUUGCCUGAAGCUCAGCAGAGGGUUGGAGGAUGUUUUCUAAAUUUGAUGCCACAGAUGAAAAGCUUAUACCUUGCAUACUGUGCCAACCAUCCGUCAGCAGUAAAUGUUCUCACAGAACACAGUGAGGAGCUAGGAGAAUUCAUGGAGAUGAAAGGUGCCAACAGCCCUGGGAUCCUUGUACUGACCACGGGCCUCAGCAAACCUUUUAUGCGUCUGGAUAAAUACCCCACGUUACUCAAAGAACUUGAAAGGCACAUGGAGGAUUAUCAUCCAGAUCGUCCAGAUAUUCAAAAAUCCAUGACUGCCUUCAAAAAUCUUUCUGCACAAUGUCAAGAAGUACGGAAACGGAAAGAACUUGAACUACAAAUACUGACGGAAGCUAUCCGUUGUUGGGAGGGAGAGGAUAUUAAAACACUUGGCAACGUGAUAUACAUGUCCCAGGUCAUGAUUCAGUGUGCUGGAAGUGAGGAAAAGAAUGAAAGGUAUCUUCUUCUCUUCCCUAACAUUUUGCUAAUGUUGUCUGCCAGCCCGAGAAUGAGUGGGUUUAUCUAUCAGGGAAAACUGCCAAUGACAGGGAUGACUAUCACAAAACUAGAAGACAGUGAAAACCAUAAAAAUGCAUUUGAAAUAUCAGGAAAUAUGAUUGAAAGGAUACUAGUGUCUUGUAACAACCAACAAGAUUUGCAUGAAUGGGUGGAUCAUCUGCAGAAGCAAACCAAAGUCACAACUGUUGGGAAUCCCAGCAUUAAACCUCACUCUGUGCCAUCUCACACGCUUCCUUCCCAUCCAGUAACACCCUCCAGCAAGCAUUCAGACAGCAAGCCAAUACCACUGACUCCUGCAUACCACACUCUCCCUCAUCCAUCACAUCAUGGGACUCCACAUACCACGAUAAACUGGGGACCUCUGGAACCUCCGAAAACCCCCAAGCCUUGGAGUCUGAGCUGCUUACGGCCCGCGCCUCCAUUACGGCCUUCAGCAGCUCUUUGUUAUAAAGAGGAUCUCAGUAAAAGCCCUAAAACCAUGAAAAAGCUGCUUCCCAAACGCAAGCCAGAACGGAAGCCAUCAGACGAAGAGUUUGCACUGAGAAAAAGUACAGCUGCUUUAGAAGAAGAUGCUCAAAUUCUUAAAGUCAUUGAAGCAUAUUGCACAAGUGCCAAAACACGUCAAACUCUAAAUUCAAGUUCCCGUAAAGAAUCAGCUCCUCAAGUCCUGCUUCCAGAAGAAGAAAAAAUCAUUGUAGAAGAAACUAAAAGUAAUGGUCAGACUGUUAUAGAAGAGAAAAGCCUUGUUGACACAGUAUAUGCAUUAAAGGAUGAAGUACAGGAGUUAAGACAGGAUAACAAAAAGAUGAAGAAAUCAUUAGAAGAAGAACAAAGAGCUCGCAAGGACUUGGAGAAGCUUGUUAGAAAAGUUCUAAAGAACAUGAAUGAUCCGUCUUGGGAUGAAACCAACUUAUAAUUAAUUUUUUCUUUUUUUUUUCUUUCUAUUGAAAGACCAGUUGUAAAACUGAGCUGGGAAGCCUUCUGACAUUAGUCAGUGUUGCAUCAAGAGCACUACAAAACAGGAUUUAACUGGAUCUAGCAAUUUCUUGCUCUCAACAUACAGAAACAGUCAAGCCAUUUACUGAAGCAAUCUGUACUUUAAGUGUGGAGACCGUGGAUCCUGAACUCUACUAAACUUAAUUUGUUUGCAUCUAAAUUACCUCAUCUUGCAGAAAGUGCAGCACCUGACUAAAAGUCCAUGUUUUUCAGUGGCUUUUUAAUUAAAUAUGUAUUUUUCUUGUAAAUAUCUGUAAUUUUGAAUGCAUAUGUGAUGGAUGUAUCAGGGCUGAUAUGUUACUUUUUUCUCUUGUUGUUAUAAUGAUCACAAGUGUUAGAAAUGACGGCAGUACUGUCUUACCUAAGAAAGGUCAGAGUUCUUUGCGGAUAAUUGUGGAUCUGUUCCAAAUUACCCACUCAUCACACAUGCAAAUUUAAAAAUCUAUUUUUCCCAUUGACCACUGUAUUUAAAUCCUUUACUGUUAUUUAUGUCUGUGCAUACAUUUUUAAACAGUUUACAAUUCUUUAAGAACAGUAUUAAAAUACAGAAGAUUGUUUAUUGACAGUAUAAACAAUUUUUAACAAAACUAAUGCCCAUAAUUUACGUUCACAUACACUUGUUUGGCAGACUGAUCUGUUGUGCUUUGGCCACUGAAAGACUGAUGUACUUGCCUGCUUUUUAUGACUGUGAUUUUUAGGUGUUUAUGU